GUCUGGGAUAAAAGCGAAAGUGGAGAUUGGCAUUGUACAGCCAGCUGGAAGACGCAUAGUGGAUCUGUGUGGCGAGUGACAUGGGCCCACCCAGAAUUCGGACAGGUUUUGGCUUCCUGUUCUUUUGACCGAACAGCUGCUGUGUGGGAAGAAAUAGUUGGAGAGUCGAAUGAUAAGCUGCGUGGACAGAGUCACUGGGUGAAAAGGACAACACUGGUGGAUAGCAGAACAUCUGUUACUGAUGUGAAAUUUGCUCCCAAGCACAUGGGCCUCAUGUUGGCCACCUGCUCAGCAGAUGGAAUAGUCAGAAUCUAUGAGGCCCCUGAUGUCAUGAAUCUCAGUCAGUGGUCACUGCAGCAUGAGAUCUCUUGCAAACUAAGCUGCAGUUGCAUUUCUUGGAACCCUUCAAGCUCUCGUGCUCAUGCACCCAUGAUUGCUGUAGGAAGUGAUGAUAACAGUCCAAACGCCAUGGCCAAGGUCCAGAUUUUCGAAUACAAUGAAAACACCAGGAAGUAUGCAAAAGCUGAGACUCUGCUGACUGUCACCGACCCAGUGCAUGACAUUGCCUUUGCGCCAAACUUGGGACGGUCUUUCCACACACUGGCAGUUGCUACCAAAGAUGUGAGAAUUUUCACAUUAAAGCCUGUGAGGAAAGAACUUACUACCUCAGGUGGGCCAACAAAAUUUGAAAUCCACAUCGUGGCUCAGUUUGAUAACCAUAACUCCCAGGUCUGGCGAGUGAGUUGGAACAUAACAGGAACAGUGCUAGCAUCUUCAGGAGAUGACGGCUGUGUGAGACUGUGGAAAGCUAAUUACAUGGACAAUUGGAAGUGCACUGGGAUUCUGAAAGGUAAUGGGAGCCCAGUCAAUGGGAGUUCUCAACAGGGAAACUCAAAUCCUUCCCUAGGUUCAAACGUUCCCAACCUUCAGAGCUCAUUAAAUGGAUCUUCUGCUGGCAGGUAUUUCUUUCCCCCUCUGGACUCCCCACGGGCUGGAUCGCGAUGGUCCAGUUAUGCCCAGCUCCUUCCUCCUCCUCCUCCUCUGCUAGAGCACUCUUGCGAUGCUGACACUGCCAGCCUCCAGUAUCCUCACCCUCGCAGACGAUACCUCUCUCGGCCUCUUAAUCCCUUACCUGAGAACGAAGGGGUUUAAAACACCUAUCUGACACCUAAAGGCCUUAUGCAAUGCUUGUAAAUGCUUCAUUCCUGGCUGCUUUUUGUUCUUCUUCAUUUUCUUUCAGAAGACUUUUUAUUUAGGGUCUGUCUUGCAUGUAUUACAAGCAGAAAGUGUUUGGAUCCUAAACUUGUUUCUGCGUCUGCAUCAAAGGAACAUUGGCUUCCCUGGUUGCUAACCUUUGAUGAGAGGAGAUGCAUACAAGGGACAUUUAAUGUGAAAGUUGCACAGUAGCUGACUUCAGAGUGCCUGUUGUGUAAAUUUCAUUUUGCGCUGUUACCAUAGUCUUAAGUUUCUUCUGCUUCCUUACAUUGGUUAAUGUGAAAACAUAUCAUGGAGUUCACUCUGCCUUCUAGACACAGAAGUGUUUUUACUUUUUACAGGUGAUUGUUGCAAGUGACUGGUAUGUAAGAUCAUUCCUGUGUAUAAAGCAGCAAAACAUAAUAUGGAUAUUUUUGUCUUUUUUUAAUUAAAGGAAAUUGCCUUUCACUACGAGGAAUGACUGUUUAAAGCUUUUGUAAUUACUGUCCAAGUAGGUUAAUAAUAAAAUACAUUUUAAAAAUUA